UGAACGUUAAGUGGCUGUGUCGACUGAUUACAUAUUACUAUGACUUAGAACCUGCGCAGGAGUUGAACAGGUCGUACGUUUCGAUUAUUCAGUGUGAAAAUCGGUAUUGUGACAUAAAACAUAUGGAUAUUUGAGCUGCAGUCACAUUACCGGCUUUAAUCUUUAUCAUAUACGUCGAAAUGAUACCACGAUGGCGGCGGACGAUCACAAAACUAUUCUUGAUACCUCAGCGCUAUGUGUUGGGUAUCAUGGGAUUGCUGGCGGUAUGCAACGCGUACACCAUGCGAGUAUGUCUUAACCUGGCUGUGACUCAGAUGGUUAACAACACCAAGACAGAAGAAUCGCAUUAUGAUCCCGAUGCGUGCCCUGAUGACAGCGAAUUAUUACUAAAUGGGACAACCUCCUUGAAACCGCACGCAAUAUUCGACUGGUCCGAAUCAACCCAAGGGCUAAUAUUGAGCGGGUUUUAUUAUGGAUACGCCCUAACUCAUGUACCAGGAGGAUACUUAGCCGAGAAAUAUGGCGGUAAAUGGACGUUGGGAAUCGGUCUCCUGAGUACAGCACUUUUCACGUUAUUGACUCCUUUCGUUGUAACAACCACUGGUGCUACCGGUUUAUUUAUCUUGCGGGUUUUACAAGGAAUGGGGGAGGGUCCAACAAUGCCGGCGUUAAUGAUUGUAUUGGCUCGUUGGGUUCCGCCACACGAACGAUCGCGACAAGGAGCAUUGGUGUUUGGGGGAGCACAAAUUGGAAACAUCUUCGGAUCAUUCAUGUCCGGAUUUCUGAUGGCUGGAGGAGGUCAUUGGGCUAACGUGUUUUACUUCUUUGGAUGCUUUGGAAUACUUUGGUUUAUUUUCUGGAGUCUUCUAUGCUCCAGUACGCCUAACACUCAUCUAUUCAUAUCAGAAGAAGAGCUGAAGUAUUUGAACGAGACAGUUACCAGUGCUGACACGACGAGCGUUCGAGAUCCGGUGCCAUGGAAGGCUAUUGUCAGAUCGGUGCCAGUUUGGGCACUUUUGUUUGCAGCAGUGGGGCACGACUGGGGAUACUACACUAUGGUGACAGAUUUACCAAAAUACAUGACAGACGUGCUCAAAUUCAAUAUCGCAACGACUGGCACUCUAACCGCAAUGCCUUAUCUUGCAAUGUGGACAUCUUCGUUUGUUUUCGGAUGGGCUUGUGACGUAUGUGUGAAGAGAGGAUGGCAUUCUAUCAAAACUGGGAGGAUUAUACAUACAACUAUAGCGGCAACAGGCCCGGCUAUUUGUAUAAUCCUUGCUUCAUAUGCUGGAUGUGACAGAUUCGCUGCUGUCGGAUAUUUCAUUGUUUCAAUGGCUUUAAUGGGAGGAUUUUACAGUGGCAUGAAGGUAAAUGCUUUAGAUUUGGCGCCAAACUAUGCUGGUUCACUGACCGCAAUGAUAAAUGGUACUUCCACACUCUCCGGCAUAAUAACUCCAUACUUAAUUGGAAUCUUAACACCUGAUUCUACUUUAGCACAAUGGCGAGUUGCAUUCUGGAUUUGCUUUGUGGUAUUAGUUGGUACCAAUAUUGUGUACAUAAUAUGGGCAGACGGCAAGCAACAAUGGUGGGAUGACGUCAGACAAUAUGGGUACCCAUCAGACUGGAAGCAUGGUCCUCUUAAAACUUCGGACGAUGACAAAGAAAAGAGUAAAGAAAAAGAAGCCACAGCAACAAAUUUAUGAAAAGAUAGUUUUAUUAUUAGUAUAGAUAGUUUUUAAGAUUAGUUAAUAUUAAAUUAUUUAUUAAAUAGGAUUAACAUUUUUUUCAAUGACACAUAGAACAACUAGUUAAAUUAGUUAUGAAGUUAAUUACUUGGUAUGAGCUAGCAUGUAAAUGAUAAAUGCUUAGAUAAUUUAUAUAAUAUCUCUAUAGAGCCUCUUGCUGUUAGGCGAUGCAUUAACAGGCCAGGUUUAUUACUUUACUUUGCAUGACAAGCAACGUCUUACACUCGCGAUACACUGACCUCUACUUUAUACCACUGGACUGGCGGCUGUCAAAGUGUUUUUGUGCCUGUUUGAUAUUCGCCAUUUUGGCGCUGUUGGCCACGUAGCAAGAGUCUGCGGCACUAAAACUAGUGAUGACAACCUCAGCAAACAACCAUAGAUGGUGGGAGACUAUUUACAAAAAAAAAAAUUGUGUACUUUCCGUUGUUACGUGCGUUGAUUCUUGAAGUAUAGAUAAUAGGGAAAACGAACGAAAUUAAUUCAAAAUGCAAAAAUACUUCAGAGUAUUGUACGUUCCUUCUCCGAUAUUUUUAUCAAUUUGUUUAAGUGUGAGUGCGUUGCUCAAAAUAGAGGUUAAUUGUUAGCCGAUGUUUUCACAGCUGUCACAGUCUAUCUAAAAUUAAUAUUAUAAAUUAUAUAAAUUAUCUAAGGAUAAAAUAAAACAUUAAAACUAAUUAUUAUUUUGAACAAGUUACCAUUUACUUAGUUUAUUGGGAGAUGAAGAUUACUUUUACCAAACUUAUGGGAUCACAGUUAUAACAUGCAUAUCUAGCAGUACCUAAUGAAUACGAGAAAAUAUUAUGAAAUCAUUUAGUUUUGCUGUGUAUGAAAUGAAUCCCACCUAUAUAUAACUAUAUUAUUAGUAUUAAGUAUUUCCCUGUAAACUCAAGUACCCAAACUUUAUAUUGUUUUAAGAAAAUUUUUUGCAUAAGAAUAUGAUUGUUAUAUUUCGUAUAUAUUUAAGAUUUCAUCGCUAAAGCUAAGGUUCAAGAUAAAGAAUUUAAAUCCACUAAAGUUGGUAGUUUGUUGGAGCAAUAAAACAUAGAAAACUUAUAUAUACAUUUGCUUAAUAUUCUACAUUGUUUUAAGUAGUCCCAAGCAAAAUUUGUUCGUUAAUUUAAAUCUUUAAUGGUUUAAUUAUUUAUAACUAGCUGUUGCCCGCGAUGUCGUUUGCGUGGACAUCUGCAUUUAGCGUUAUAAUAUGUAGCCUAUACGUUGUCCCGACCUUUUCUUAAUAUUCACACACAGUUUAAAUUCAAUCUAUUCAUUAUUUCUUGCACUUAGUCCGGACAUACAUACAGACAUACAGACAAAUGUACUAUUAAGUACUUUUUUGUCUUCAAUAUUAUUUAUAGAACACACAAAAAGAAUUAUUUAAAAAUAUGUACACGAUUUUAUUAUAUGUAUAGUCAAAUAACUCAUAAUGCUUGCAGACAGACGAUUUCUUAAUUUUCAAGAGAAUCUAUAAUAAAAGCAUAAUAUCUAAGUACUUUAUGAUGUAAUGGACAUUAAUCUAAAUUUCUAUAACAGGUCGGAUUACUACUAAGUACAAACAUACACAUAAUUAUUCAUGAUCAUUGAGUAUUAUUUAAUUUAAGCUAAUGCCAUGUAAAUAUUUUACGUAACUAACCUACAUGUGAUGCGAUAUAAUUAUUGAAUAGUCACUGUAAUAUUUUAUAGUUGAAUUACGAGUAAGAAUAAAAAUAUUGAAUAUUAA